GAAUUUGGAGAAAUAUGAGAAAAAUAAAGACAUGUUGAUAUGAAUGGCUUCACCACCAUUGGAUCUGCCGAUCUGCAAGUAAGAUCAAAUUCAACCAACCGUUUGUUUCAGCUCCUUCUUCUUCGCCAUUUCUGCUUUCUUUUCUCCUCGCCGGCGCUGGUUCGCCGCCGGCUUCUCUCAUUCCGGUGAACUUGAAGUGAAUUGUAGUGGCAUCAACCGUAAAAAUCCCCCAAAUUGAAGGUCAUUUUCCAAUCCACGUUAUCUUCCUCCUUUUUCCAUAUCAAAAUUCAGAUUCCCAUUUUGCCAAUUCAAUCUUCCAUUCUCCUGUUCCUGCUGAUUCUUUUUAUCCAGCAGUUUCUACAUUCACCCGUUUAAUAUUUCCUUGGGUUUUCUAGGGUUUACUUGUGCAUUUUUCGGGAUUGAAUUUGGACUACGAAUCGGUUUCUUGAUUCCCAGUUUCUUUUGUGUUAUUGGGCGGGGUUGAUUGAUUCUCCUUUUCGUUUUUUGGUAGAGCUAUCUUGUUCGGAAUUUGAAAUCCGAGGCUUUGUAUAUUGUGAAUUGUGAAUUAUCUGUUUUUCAUCUAGAAUUUUGCUUCUGAGAUUUUCGAUCAUCUAUUGUGUUUGGUCAAUAUAUUUUUUGGGGUUUUCUUUUUCUUGGAUUUUCUUGGGUUUCUUGUUAAAUUAGCGUGUUCUUGGCCUUCCUAUGUAAUUCCGUAAGAAAUGCCGAACUCCAAUUUCCAAGACGCGAUGUACGGUUCCGGAGUCAUGAACAACGGUGGCCGGGAUUUGGAUAGCAUUCAGAACCGAGUUGGCGACGAAGAUGACGACAUCAACGGCGGGGAAGAGUCUAUAGAUAACCCUCAGAUGCGCUUCGAAGACUCUGGGGGAAUGAGCGGCUCGGUCGCGGUAAUGAACCGAGUCCAAGACGUUGUUCCUUCGGCGUAUGUUUCCGGCUCUGAUUACAACCCUUUGACUGGAAACGGCGGUGCUGACCAACUUACGCUGUCGUUCCGUGGGGACGUUUACGCUUUUGACUCUGUAUCGCCGGACAAGGUGCAAGCCGUGCUUUUGCUUUUAGGUGGAUAUGAACUUCCUUCUGGUAUUCCUGCAGUUGGAAGUGUUCCCGUCAACCAACAGGGUACAGAUGGCUUUCCUGUCAGGUCGGUUCAACCACAAAGAGCUGCUUCAUUGAGUAGGUUUAGAGAGAAGAGAAAAGAAAGGUGUUUCGAGAAGAAAAUUCGUUACAGUGUGCGAAAGGAAGUUGCACUCAGAAUGCAGCGGAAGAAGGGCCAGUUUAUAUCCUCUAAAGCUAUUGGUGAUGAAGUGGGUUCUUCUUCAGUUUUGUCUCAGACUUUGGAUUCUGGACAAGAUGAUGGCUUGUUGGAAACCUCAUGUACACAUUGUGGAACCAGUUCAAAAUCUACUCCAAUGAUGCGUCGUGGGCCUGCUGGUCCAAGGACUCUGUGCAAUGCAUGUGGGCUCAAGUGGGCCAAUAAGGGAAUUUUGAGGGAUCUUUCCAAGGUAUCAAACACUGGCAUUCAAGAACCCUCUGCAAAAGAGACUGAACAGAGCGACGGCGAAGCUGCUAAUGAAUCCGAUGCUGCAAUUAAUGUGGAUAUUCUCACUUCUAAUGGUGAUAAAUAGGCUAUAAACCACAAAAGGUAGAUGUAAAAAAGUUGAUUAACAGACUUUUUGCUUAGUGCUUGCUGGUUGAAGUUAGAGCAUUCGAGUAUUCCAACAAAAUUAUAUGGAAAUUCUUCAUGCUCUGCUCUGUGCACUUUAGAGAGUAUAAGAAGAACCAAAAACAAUAAAAGAAUUGCUUUCACCAUUAGUCACCAAUCAUGUAGCUGAAAAUAGAUGGGAUUCAGAGGGUGGGUGGUGAAAGAUUUUGCGGUCUUCAAUGGCCUUUUGGUCAAACUAGAAGAAGAAGCUUCUCACUUAUAAGAAGCUCCGAUCAAAGGCUGAUGAGUUGAGUUGCCUCCACUUGAUGAUAUGAAAUUAGUAAUGUUAUCUUAUUCUUCUUCUACAAUGUCUGAAGAUGUAUAUGCAAUCUUCCCCAUGUAAAAAGGGCAAUUAAAUACUUCAGAUCACUUUUUUUUUUUUUUUUUUUUUUUUGCGCUCAUUUUUACACCCUUAUUUUUCAUUUUCUUAUUUAUAGCCUAGAAGUAAAUAAUAUGUAGUGUAAUUUCUGACCUCUUACCAGGGGUAAUUUAGUUACUUUGUAUGUGAGGGUACAAUAAUUUCAUCUUCUUGCUUUUCAUCUUUCCCUUAUGGUAUGAGAAGUUGAAGAUUCGUUGAUGUAUUCGUAAA